AUGGGAACAGAUAAUAAUGCUAAUGGGUUGGGAACUGCAAACAAUAGCCCGCAUGGAUCAGCCCCAUUUACCACCGGACUAGCUGGUACAGUGAUGCUGGGCGGGGCGGGGUCGCCAGGCGGCGACGAUUUGCUCACCGUCACCGUCGUACGCGACGAGCAUGGAUAUGGAAUGAAAGUCUCCGGUGACAAUCCGGUGUACGUGCAGUCGGUGAAAGAGCACGGCGCUGCGUGGCGCGCGGGUCUGCGAGCUGGUGACAGGAUUCUGCGCGUGGACUCGGUGCCUGUGCACCAUCACACACACCAGCAGGUCGUGCACAUGAUACGAGCUAACCCAACGACAGUUCUCACCGUACAGCAAAAUGCCUCCAGACACAAAACACCGAUCACAGCGCCGGUGCCUGUCAAUUCGGAGAAACAACGACAGUUGGAAGUAUCGAAGGUACACACCGUUCGGCUCAUGCUGGAGAAGGAACAGAAGUUUAUACGGGAUCUGCGCAAUGAAAUCUCCAAAGUGCCAGACGUCCGUAAACAAGCCGAACUGCAAUCAGCUGAACAGAGAUGUUCCAAACUCCAACAAGAAAUCGACAUCAUCAUGGCUGGACAGCCGAUGGAAGCCGCCCCCUCAACCCCACGUCUGGGACCGCGCAAGCCGAUCGAAAAGUCACCAUCACCACUACCGAACACCGGCUUCCUCAGCGGCCUGCCGAGAUCACUGUCCAACCUUACCGGACAGAGUUUGAGAAACCUACGGCAGGCCAGAAAUAAAACCAGCCAAGAGAACACUCCUCCACUGGUCCGUCAGAAUUCGGACGAAACGAACAAUAAGCGAAGACAUGUACAUAACAACACAGUGCCCAUGGUUCCGACCACUUGUCUGGACAAUGUCACACCACCGCCUUUACCUCCAAGAUCCAUCGAAAGACCAAAACGAAAUCCUCUCAGCCCAACCUUAAGCCCUCCUCCCAUCAACCCUCUGGCCGUGCCGAGCAAGCCUUGCAACUCAGCUUCACCAUCCCACAAGCAGUACUACAAGGGCAGAUACUAUCCUGACAAGUUUCCGAUGCAUCAGUCGAUGCCUUCAUACAAUGAUGAGCAGAAACAGUUCAGGAGGUCGUCGCAGUCUCUGGACGGGGAACUGGACGGGCCUCAGCCAAAUUCGAUCGCGUUGCAAAUGAGCUAUCCGCUUGUGAACUUGCCACCACCGCCCUUGCAGACUGACAACAGAACUGGAGUGCCUGUUCUUCACGUGAGGAGUCGGUCGUCUCCAGAGCAGUUGGACCACGAUCUUACAAGAUCACUAUGCCCGACCCCGUUGGGUGUAGCCGUAGGCACGGCGGUGUGCGGGCCGCUCGCCGCCAGCUGCUCGCCGGGGACGCCGCUGCCCCCCCCCGCCCCGCUCAAGGACUGGUGCGAGCGGGACACGCCCCCGCCCGGCACCCCGCCGCCGCCCUACCACACUAAUACGCAGCCAUGUUCAGAUCCACAGAGGGCCAUAAUAUCAAUGGAGGAAGACGACUCACCGGCAUCUGAUAACUCGACAUACUCGGGGCUGUUCUCGAACUUAAGGGCAGUGCGUGAGUCCAAAGCUAGGACUGCGGUGUUACUCAAUUGGCUGCUGGGAGAGAGAAGAUGCGCGUGCGCGUGCCUGCUGCUGGUGCUGACGGACGGGUACCGCGCGGCCAGCGGCGUGCACACGCACACGCUGCGGCGCUGGGCCUACGAGAUACACUCCACCUUCCUCGUGCCCAACGCGGUACUACAGCUAAGUGGGGUUGAUGAGAAUAUGGCGAAUGAAAUUGAACAUGUUCUAGUUAAUGAAUACGAGAAAGAGGAGCUCCUACGCAACGUGUUUCGCAAGGCUCGUCAGAAAGCGAAAGACGAGCUGACGCAGCAGCUGACGGAGUUCCAGGUGAAGCGGCAGGUCGGGCUCGGCACGCUCUACGGUCCCGAGGACGCCGUCAUCGACAAGUGUGACGUGGACAAAGCUCAGGAGCUGGUGGUGGUGGAGCAGCUGAUGACGGCGGUGCUGCGCGGCGCGGCGGGCGGGGGCGCGGGCGCGGCGCACGCGCACGCGGCGCACGCGCACCCCGACGCGCACCACGUGCUGCUCGCCGCGCUCAUCGCCGCCGCGCUGUGUCUGCACUGCAGGUGA